AGUAGGGUUUUUCUGUUCGCCUCUCUCUGAAUCUUCGGUCUACUUUCAUCAUUUUUCAAUGGGGAAAAAGAGGGAGCGAAGCCAAAACCGGCCGGCUUUCCUCGCCGAAGAUGAAGACUCCGGCGUCAGCACCAAGAAGCGGUCCAAAGCACCCAAACAGCAUCAGAAGCAAGAGAAAAUGAUUUCUGUUGGGAUGAGCUCGAAAAUUUUGAAGGAAGCGCUACUUCAGCAGAAGGAGCUCGAAGAGGAGGAGGCUGAAGGAAGCCGCCUCAACGAGAUGUUUGCUUCGGUUGGAGAAGAACGGAAUAAGCACGAUGAUGAGGGAGAUAUUGACGACUUCGGAGGAUUCUCAGAGACUCAAAGCCAAUUCGGCAAUUAUGAAGAGGAGAUUGACGAGGAGGAUGAGAAGUUGCUAGAGGCAUUUUUGUCAAAGGAUUCUGGUCCCCAGAAGACACUUGCUGAUCUUAUUAUUGAAAAAAUAAAAGAGAAAGAUGAAAAUGUUUCCUCAGAAGGUCCAUUGCUGCCCAAAUUGGAUAACUCCAUUAUUGAAUUGUACCAAGGAGUUGGCAAGUUUCUUCAUAAAUAUACAGCAGGAAAAAUGCCCAAAGCUUUUAAACACAUUCCCUCACUGCAAUGUUGGGAAGAUAUUUUGUAUUUGACUGAGCCUGACAAAUGGUCUCCAAAUGCAAUGUUUCAAGCCACUCGUAUAUUUGCUUCCAAUUUGAGUGCAAAGAGGGCAGAACGAUUCUAUAGCCUAGUCUUGCUUCCUCGCGUCAGGGAUGAUAUCAAGAAGAAUAAACGACUUCACUUUGCUCUGUAUCAGUCUUUGAAGAAAGCUCUGUACAAACCUGCUGCAUUCAACAGGGGAAUAUUAUUUCCUUUGUGUAUGUCGGGGACAUGCAAUCUCAGGGAAGCUGUUAUCAUUGGGAGCAUAAUUCAAAAAGUCUCCAUUCCUGUGCUUCACUCAGGUGCUGCAUUGAAGAAACUUGCGGAGACAGAAUAUUGUGGCACAACAAGUUAUUUCAUAAAGCUACUUUUGGAGAAGAAAUAUGCUCUACCAUACAGUGUAGUUGAUGCUCUAGUUGCCCAUUUCAUGAGAUUUCUUGAAGAUACAAGAAUAAUGCCUGUGAUAUGGCACCAAUCGCUUCUUGCAUUUGUUCAAAGGUACAAAAACGAAUUGCAGAAGGAAGAUAAAGAUAACCUUAGAAUUCUACUUCAAAAGCAGAAGCAUAAAUUAGUUACUCCUGAAAUUUUGAGGGAGCUAGAUAACAGCCGCAAUCGUGGUGAAAAGGAGGACGAUCUUAUGCUAAUGAAUAUCCUUUGCAUUUAAGGGUUCAACCUCCCAUACUUUUUUCUUUUAAUAGUUUAUUUUUCUGCAGUGUUUCUGGGCAUAAUUCUUCUAAGUUUUAUUGCACUAAGUGCAGUUUUCAUUUCUUACCAUUAAAAGUAGUCAAUUCUUUAGCACAAAAUGGGAGAGUAAAUGAGUAAUUUGCCCAUCAAUGGAUUUCAUUUCACAUUAGAAUGAGUAAAUAUGUAGGAAAGUUGACGGAAAAGAUUUUUGUAAAUCUAAAGCAGGCCCAAUGGAUGCAUACCUAACUCAAGUGUUCUGCAAUAGACUUUUAGUUCAAAUCAAUUAUGUUGUUGAUCAAAUUGAAUCAUGAAAGUUAGCAUUGUUAGCUUUUAAGUCUCAAGAUUCAACUCAGAAUAUCUGCUUCACCAUAAAAGUUUAUGAGUGUUGAUCUCCUUGUUUCCUUGACUUGGUAUUACCAUCUCCUGUUUCUGUUAUCAAUAAAACCAUUGAGGAAGACAGGUUUGAUAUUCCAGAAGUACCUAUGGAGGAGGAUUGAAUGUUAUGGGUCCUUUAUUUACUGAUUGGUUCCUGACAUUUAUCCUGGAAGAAGGCUCCGAAUCUUUAUUGAAUGAUGAAACACAGUCUAUUGUUGGCCACAAAUGUCUUUAUCUUCUGGAGUCCAAGUGACACCGGCAAUGGAGACCAAAGAUACUGGUUUAAAUUUGUCUACAAAGCUAAAAUCGUAUAGAAUGUUGAACUUGGUUGUGGAGUUAUCUAAAUUGAUUCUGUUUUCUUGUUGGAAUUCAUUUUGCUAGGCCGGUUCCUCCCUACAUCUUUACACUGGCGUGUGAAAAUUUUUAUCAUAUUAGGCUUGCAUUAAGCCUGUGUAAACAAUAACGCAGCAAUUUUGAUCCUCAUCCAUAUUUAUUAAUUCCUUCAAUGUUAUUGUUACAUUUAAUGAAAAUUAAAUCCACCA